AUGAACCCUCGGCCGACCGCUGAACGCAGGAAUCUCUGCGUGGAGAAGCAGGACAAAGACGCGGAAGGCGAAGCCGGUGGAGCGCCGGCUUCGCCUUCUGCGUUGGAGCUGAGACACUGGUUCGAGGAUCGUCUACGGAACGCGAUUUCGAUCGCUAUGGGGGGGGACGAACUUCGCGAUGACAUCCCGAUUAUGGUGACAGAAGCGAUCGCUCCGGCGCGCUCCAUUUUCGACUUCCAAUCGAGCAUAGCCAUCUCCCUAUCGGGUCGAGGCGGGGGGGUCCAGAGCCCUGAAGCGAUUGCGGAAGGCCUCUUGAAUAAUCUGCAGAGUGAAAGGCGACUGCUGGAGCCGGUCGUGGAGCUCACAGGCGUCAGCGGGAGAGGGUUCAUCAACUUCCGACUGUCGGCCGGCUAUCUCGCUGCUCGGCUCGUCAACAUGUUCCUGAGUCCAAAGGAAGGAACUCGGUUGGGAUUUCCGAAGGUGCUGACUCCCGAGAGAGUCGUGGUGGACUACGCCAGUCCAAAUAUCUGCAAGGAUCUGCACGUGGGCCAUCUUCGCUCGGCUGUCGUCGGCGACGCUUUGGCAAACUUGCUCGAAUUCGCCGGGCACCGGGUGGUUCGGCAAAACCACCUCGGAGACUUUGGCUGCCCCGCGGCCCUCGUUCUCGGCGCCUUGGAAGACGCCGAGCUGCGAGCGCGCCCUGACGUGCAGGCUCUGAGCGCUGCGCUCCGUGAGCAGCAGCGGCGGCCUUCGCGCCGACCGGAAGAAGACCGAGAAGAGGCGGAAGAAGCUGUCGAAAGAGACGGCGAAGGCAAAGGCGGCGCAGAAGGCAAAGGCGACGGCAAAGGAGCGGCGGAAGCACUGAGAUCGGGUGAUCUCCAAGGUGAAAUGCAGGAACCGAGGCCAAGCGCCGAAGGUGCCUACGCACAUAUUGACUGGACAGGCAUCUAUCAGGCUGCAAAGGCGAAGGUUCAGCAGGACGCGGCUUUCGAACAGGCCUGUGACGCUUUGCUGCUGCGCCUCCAGACCGCGGAGGAGACCUCCGCGCUUCGGCAGACGUGGGCGGCACUCCGGCGAUUGUCUCUCGAGCGCUUCGAAAGCACGUAUCGACUGUUGGGUCUUCGCCCGCAACAGGUGCGAGGCGAGUCGUUCUACGCUCCCCUGCUUCCUCGGGUGUUUCACCAUCUCCACAGUCGCGGUCUCCUCGCGCUCCGCUCCGGCGCUCUCUGCGGCGUGUUGCCGUCGUCUCGGGCGGCAGCGGACCCGCUGGAGGGGCCAGACGGAGGCAAAGAAGGACGUGACGACGAGCGGCGCGCAGCAGAGACAAGUGAGAAAGACAGCGACGAAGCAGGAUCAAGCCGCCACGCGGCAGGAGGAGGUCGAGACUUGCCAGAGGCUCCAACGAAGGAAAGAGAGACCGGCGAGCGCGUGAAGGGGCGAGGCGGGGAGGCGAAGGAAGAGGGGUGCGAAGACAGCGCAGCAAAUGCGAAGCAAGAAGAGGCGUGCGGACUUGAAGCCACGGGCAAGGGGCGAGGUCGAAUCGAUGAGAUCGAGCCUGAUCUCCGAGACGUCGUAGUCCUGAAGAAGCGAGGAGCCACAGUGACGUACUCCGCAACAGAUCUUGCGGCGGCUCUCCACAGGUCCGCCUACCUGCAGGCCGACCGCGUCCUGUACGUAGUCGACAGCGCGCAGGCUUCGCAUUUCCAGCGCGUGUUUUCGCUGGCGCAUGCAUCGGGCAUAACAUCGCUGAAUGCGGAUCUGCGUAGGAUGCGAAGCCUGAGGAACGCGACGGGCGAGACGCCGAUGGACCGUGCGGCAGACGGAUCGGAAGCAGAGAAUGGAAACGAUGCUGUGUGGGUUCGCGGAGUCGAAGGCGUGAGAACUGGAGAAGCGUGGGGUACGAGACGUGAGGACGUCCAGGCAGAUGACGGCGUCCACGGAUUCCGUCCAGAGGCAAAGGUCCACGGAACUGAAAGAGUGCCUCUAGGCGUAAGUCAACGUGACGGCGAGGGGGCCGGAGUCUCCGCGGCCAGCGACAGCGAGGCGAGGGAGGCGGUCCCCGUCGAAAGAAGUCGCCCAGACGGUGCUUGCGCGAAGCGAAGUUUCCGCGACGACGCGCUGACGGAACUGACCCACGUGGCAGUUGGCAUCGUGAAAAAUCCAGCGGGGACGAAAAUGAAAUCGCGCGCAGGGUCGGCGCCCCUGCUUGCUGAUCUUCUUCGAGACGCCAUUCGCCAAGCCGAAGGCACCCUCGGGAGAAGGACGAAUGAGUGUCUCCACGCGCGAACUUCGGACGCUGCCGACGGUCCCGAAGGUUGCCGCGAUAAGGCUCGGAUACUUGGAAUUGCCGCAGUGAAAUACGCAGAGUUGAGUACAAGGCGAGACGUUGAUUACGUGUUUUCUCCUGACAAAAUGCUGAGUCCCAAAGGCAAUACGGCGCCGUAUAUCCUCUACUCGUUGGUGCGCGUGAAAGGCAUUCUUCGCCGCGCAGGAUGGACUGCCGGCGUCCCGACAGAACUCCACGGACACAACAACCUCCAAUCCGACAUCGUUUACCAUCUGCACCAAAACGGCCUUGAUCGUCAGCUGGCCGUGCGGCUGCUGGGAUUCGCGAUGGCUGUCCAGGACGCGAUAGAGACACUCAUGCCGAGCAAACUGACGGCGUAUCUGUAUUCUCUCUGUUUGGCUUUCAAUGCGUUCUACGAAAAAUGUGAAGUCACCAAGGCGGUGGAUGAGGGACUCCGGUUGACGAGGCUGCUUCUCGUUCACGGAGUCCGACAAAUCUUGGAAACGAGUUUGGACCUCCUCGGCAUUCAAGCCGUCGACACCUUGUAG